UUCAAACAGCUAAAUGAUUAAUUGUUAAUUACUUUAAAAGAAAUUUCUAUUCAUCGUCAGCAUGGAAACAAACGCUUGGUUUCCUUUAACAGUUCUCUUUUGGCUGCUAUUAUGCUAUCACAAGCUAUGUAUAUGUAUCAAUGCUCAGAGUGAAAAUGCUAUCGGAGCUUAUCGUACGUUUGACAAGACCUCUUUUUCUUGUACAGGACGCCCUGCCGGCUACUAUGCAGACAUUGAAACUGGUUGCCAGAUCUAUCACAUGUGCGAUGGCUUAGGACGUCAAUUCAGUUACUCUUGCCCAAAUACCACAUUAUUUCAACAACGCAUGUUGAUUUGUGAUCACUGGUAUAUGGUAAAUUGUUCAAAGGCUGAAAGUGAUUACGCUGCAAAUUUAUUGAUAGGUCAACGCGACAAACCAUUUGUAAACGAUGAAGAAGAAAACAUACGCACACCUCGGCCUGAUUUAUUAGAUCGUCCUUACGCUCCAGACUAUUCAGGUGAAUCCUUUCGCACUCAAUAUCAAAAGCCUUUACUGAAUGCAAUUUUUGAUCAAGAUGACGAGAAACAUCGGUCAAAGUCGCCGACACAAGUGGAGAGUCAACGUAAUUUUGGACAGCGUUGGAAAAUUCCACCUCCCAGUCGGAUUAUUCUACCGCCAGCUUAUGAGGCUCAAAUUACGGAGAAGGAUAAAAAUUUUCGUCCUAAAUUAAAUCUUGUAACAACAACGACAGCAACAAAAAAGCCUUCGACCGUAGUAGGACCUCCGACCAUAAAACAUCUACCUGGUAUAAGGUUUAGCCAAGGGGCAGCAGCUCUCCAUCAGCGUCAAGAUGAACAUAUACAAUAUGACAAUGAUGAUUUGGGUACCAGUCAUAGUACACGUUACAAUACUUCGUUUGAUCUGAAUUCGGCUGAGGAUAAUCGUCAAACAAAGAUUGGUAAAAAUUCAUAUAACGGUAAAGCACUGCAUAAAAAUGAACAAAGGACAACAAUAGGAACUACAACUUCACGACCUAUUACUACAAAAUCUAAUGUUUUUAUUAGCGUUAAGAAACCAUCGAAGAUAUAUCAACCUCCUCUCCUUUAUCCCAUCUAUAAUUUGGAGGAUACUACGACGAUCAAUAAAACAAGACCAACAAUAAGAGGUUCAACUUCGGCACCAUUUAGCACACGUAGCUCUACAUUUGCCAGCACUUCUACCUUGCGGCCUACUACAAAGCCUACAACUUUGGCUGGAAAACCCUUUACUAAAAUAUCUAGCAACAAUACAUUUGUUACUGCAUCUUUCGACUUUGCUGAAGAAUCUAAUAAUUUACACCAACAAUUUUUGGACGUUAAUAAACUAAGUAAAGAUAUACGCACAGCUGCUCCAGCGCAAGGUUUUAAAGCUCCAACCACACCUAAGCCUUUCUCUAGCACUACUAGUGCUAUAGAAACUCCAGCGAAGACAUUGUUACCACCUUUUACCGAUUUUAUACAGCACGAUGUCGCCACUACGCAAGGUCCGCCUAUAUAUUAUGAAUGGAAGAUUCCUUCGGAUGGUUUAGAGCCACCAAAACUGGAUCCUCCCAUAGGAGUGGAUGGCCGAGAAUACCCAGACAGUGCAAUUGAUUACAAUGUUCUUAAUAGCAAAAACAAAGAGAUGAACACGAGUCUUACCACAACACGGCCUAGCUUUUUGCAAACGAUCAAAGAAACAUCUAGCCAAACGAAUGAGAUUGCAACGCAACAGAAGGCGGCAGCCUCUGUUAAAACACCUACAGCGCAACUGCCACCCGCACCGUCAGCACCAACUAAUGUUAAGGCUGACAUUUCAGAGAUACGUAAGGAAUGGUCAGUGCCAGAGUAUGCGUUUCCUUUAGAAAAUGCCGGUCGAACCGGCUAUUUGUCCAGCGAUGUUUAUAAUUCAUUUCAAUUAAAAAUACCCGACGGUCAUAACGUAGCCGACGAGCAUUUGCAUUGGUUCGGAGAAAAUCCUGAUUGUCCACAAUGUCAUCCUUCCUAUGUUAUACCUGGCACUUGCCAACCAUGUCUACGAAGAUAGGAUAUAAUUGCUGUAUGUAGAUUACAAGUGUUAAAUCCUACAAGAGACCAUAAAUAUUCUUAACAUAACGUUCAAGCAUUUGAUUGAAAACGAUCUUCAAAAGAUCUUUCAAUAGUUUUACAUUUCACACACAUUCUAACUUAUUCUUUUUCACCCAAAAAGUCCAUCCAUAUUCAUUCCAUCCAUAUAUAUAUAUAUAUAUAUAUAUAUAAACAUAUAGUUUCUAAUUUAGUUAAACAUGUAUACAAAAAAAACCGACUUUACUUGUACUGCUAAACGGAUGAUAUAACAAUAGUAAAGAGAGAUUGUUAAAAAAAUAUAUAUAUAUACAUGUAUAUUUCUUUUUGUUCACGAUUAGUAUAAAUUAUUCAGUAGAUUUCA